CACUCCCAGCUCAGCCCGUCCCUAUGAGCAGCAGGAGCAGAGCUGGCAGCUGUCGGGCAGAGGAGAGACAGAGGAGCGGCAGAAGUGGCAGUUGGGCGGCAGGGAGCGCAGGCAGGGCAGUUGUAGACACAGAAUGGAUUGCGGCAGAUUUCAUGAAUAGAAGAUGUCCAUGGCUUGCACGGAGCUUUUACAUAUUGCCGGAAAAACACAGAAGCUCGAUGAAUGUAACAACGUGGACUGGGGCUACAAAGACUGCAAGAAUGACAUAAGAGACCCACAGGCUUUUUGUUAUGAGAACCACCACGUGUCUACGGCAGUCUCUCCCGGCCAAUAUGAAUCUAUACCACUGGACCCAUCAGAAGAAACCCAGGAUUUGCAGUACUUUCAAAGUGUCUAUAUAAAGGAUGGAAAGAAGGUGUGCUGUGUUGAAGAACUAGAGACUUCUUUUACAUAUGUUGAUGAAAAUGUCAACAUAGAGCUUGUAGCCCAUCAUCCUUCCAAUAAGAAUGGCCAUGGGCCUGUAUGUAAUAGUUCGGAUAGAGACAUCCAAUCAGAAGGGAUCCAGGAAACCUCCAUAAUGUCAGAUGAUGAAGGUGUAUCUGAAGCAUCCGGGAAAUCAGUAGAUUAUGGCUUCAUCAGUGCAGUGACUUUUCUAGUAACGGGCGUAUUGCUAGUAGUCAUUUCUUACCUAGUACCCCGGGAUAACCGCUCAGAUCCCAACAUCACGAGCGCCAGGCAGAUGGAACAGAUAGAGAAAGAGAACGCCAUCAUUGGUGCCCAUUUGGACAGAUGCGUGAUAGCGGGGCUGUGCUUGUUAACCCUCGGGGGAGUGGUACUGUCCAUUUUAUUAAUGAUAUCGAUGUGGAAAGGGGAAUUGUACAGGAGAAAGGCGCUGGCAGCUAAGGACUCGGCAAAGCUCUAUGGCUCUAUUAAUUUUAACCAAUCAAAGUCAGGCGGGAAUGAAAAUGCAAUGGUUCAGGAAGAGACUGUCGACAUUGUUAAUUAGACUUGUCUGCGUUUUAGCAUUUUUUUUAAUUACUAGAUAAUGACUGAGAUACACUGAGAGUCAAAAAGGAGAAGAUUGUUUACAAAAAGCUGCCAUGAUCCAUGGUAUGUAUAGACACUCGGGCCUAUCGGCGCUCAUUGAACCCCCUUUGUACAGUGAUUUACUACUAACCACCACAACCAAGACUAACAGUAAAUUGUUUGGCUAUAAUGAAUGCUUAUUAAUGUUUCUAGCAUUUUGUUAGAUGGUUUGGGUGUCAUGUGUAAAGGAAUAAAAUAAAAAGUGAAUGUUU